GCAGGCCAACUGUGCCAAAAUUCGAAAGAGACGCAGCACAGCCAGGCCACAACCCACACUGCCAAGAGAUGCAGAUGCUGGCAAUGCAGGUCCUUCUUCAUCAAACACCCCUCCACUAAGACGACCAUCACAGGGCUCGGAUAGUCUCCAUAAGAUGGGUACCAAGAGACGCCGUGUUGAGGCGGAAUAUCCACCCGCAUCCUCACCACCACAACGGCACAUCUCUACAGUGUCGUCCCAGCCACCACAAGCCAUUUUGGCAAGUCCACAAAGCGAGGAACCGCAAUCCCCUCAGCUGUCUGAACCACCCAUCAUGCCCGAGGAUACCCAGCAGGAAACUGACUUGCAGGAAUCGUACACACUACACCUGCAAGCGAUUGAUCCAAACAAGCCAACCACGCCGCAGGACAUAACCCAACCACCCCAAACAUCCCACAGCCCCCAAUUGAGCCCAACGCCACCCCAGCCACAAAUGGGCCCAGAGUUUUGGUCCAGUUGGGCCACACAACAGGCGCAACACUAUGCCUGUCUGAACACCCACAGCCAAUACCUUGCCAGUCUGCCCCAUCAUCUGCCUAGACUCAGUCGGAACUCAGGCAGACUGAUAGUUCAAGUUGGCAGAGUAGCAAAUUCUAUGGAGCAGAUGAGGGCAGACAACAGCUAAAUGCACGCAAAUUUACAAAGAAUCAUGGAUGACCAACAGCGGCAGCAACAAGCCCUUAUACAAAUUAUACAACAUAACCAAUUAAUAAACGAAAGCCUCUCCCGAAUCAUUGCCAACAACACUGCCGCAACUACACAACUCACAGCAAGCCUCAACAACCUGAGCCAAAGCCUAAAUGUGUUGUCAUCACACCAACUAAGCUCAAGCUCAGGAACAACCACACCAAGCCAGACCCCAGUUACCUCCCCAGUAAGACGAUCCAGCAGAACCAGGACCAAUGAACCAUCCCAAUCCUCUGCACCCAGCAAACAAAAAACAAAGAAAUGAUCAAGGCUGCAGCAACAACUACAGUAUGUUAUUUGAAAAUUACAAAUUAUCUAAUUGAUUCACUCAAAAUGCCUGAGUUUAAGGUAGUAAAUUUAUCAUACGCAAUAUGUGUAAUGUUUCAUUUGUUAAUGAGUGACAGUGUAAGUUAUACAUUUUAUUGACUAACUGUAAACAACAUGAGAAAUAACAAACAAUAACGCAACACAAACAGAAUUCAGACCUAUCAAACAUUUUAUAAUUGGUGUUAGGCAAGGUUAAUUAUGAAUAAAUAAUACUUACCGGUAAAAUAACGCAGAAUCACUUCUUGCCUUACCUGCCUCCCUACAUCUGUACUCACACUGUCGCCAGAUGUUUCUAACUC